CUCUCCUCUUCCUUGUUUUGCAAGAAACCCUAUUGGCCUGGAAUUUUGAUUUUCCUUUCUUUUGUUAAUUUCCACAUAUCCUGGUGAUCCCAUAAACACAUAAUCUUGAGAAACCGAUACAUAGUUUAAGAAAUUUAUAAUCUUGGAUCUCUGAGGAGUUUGAACCCGUUUUGGUUGGAUCCCUAAAUAAAUAGACCCUUUCUUGUUCCACAAGGAGCCUCUUUAAGAGCAAAUUCAAACAUGUAAAGCAGAGAAAGAUAAAGACAAAAAGGGUGAAUAGAAAUGGACAGAGUCCAGCAACAAGCAGAUUUGAUCGGAAAGAGGAUUUCCCCGUUUGUAGCACAUCCGACAGGAUUCACUGAUCAGAAAAACACCGCCGAUUCCCAGACAACACAGCCUCCAGCUACCUCACCUCCUGCUCCUCCACCCCCAAACGGUGGCGGUGGCGGCUCACAAUCAUCUCCUCCGCCGGUAACGGCUGCUCCCCCACCGGCGAAUCAGCCUCCUAAUACAACUCCACCUCCAACGCCUCCUUCUAAUUCCCCUCCACCUUCUAUAAGUCCACCUCCUUCACCGCCUCAGCCUCAGCCUCCGCCUCAAUCCACCCCAACCGGAGAUUCUCCAGUGGUAGUUCCUUUGCCAACGCCUCAGUCUCCUCCUAUAUCUUUUCUUCCUCCUCCUACCGUAGUUACUCAGCAACCGGAGACAAAACCUAACAAUGGUGAACAACCACAAAACCCCAUUAACAACCCUAUUUCUCCUCCGUCUCUCCCUUUUACUCCCUUUUCGCCGCCUGUUGGGGAAGUUUCCGGUAGCCAAGGGUCUCCUCCAUUUACAUCUUUAUUGCCUCCGGUGAUUCCCCUAAACCCUAAUAUUCCACAGCCGUUGGAUUCACUUUUGGCAGGAGGAUUAAAUCGUGUACCCUCGUCCCCUCCUUCCCUCUCCGGCUCCAAUAACAAUUCUGAAGGCUCUAAUAGCAAUAAUGCGAAUAGUAACGGAAAUGGACAACAACAUAAUUACACCGAGAAGACAAUGAUCGGUAUUGGGAUCGCAGGUGUGUUAGUCAUUUUAUUCGUUGCUGCUGUCUUCUUUGUUAAGAGGAAACAUAAGAAAGGUUCUUCUUCUCCCCGCUCUAACCAGUAUUUACCACCUGCUAAUGUCUCUGUAAAUACAGAGGGAUUCAUUCAGUACAGGCAUAAACCGGGAAAUGGGAACAACUCGGCGCAAAACUCAUCACCAGAUACUAACAGUCUCGGGAAUCCAAAACUCGGUAGAACAACACCACCUGACUCCGCAGUAUUAGGGACUUCAAAGAUCAUUUUCACCUUGGAAGAGCUAAGCCAAAUAACGGAAGGAUUUAGCAAGAGAUUUGUGGUAGGAGAAGGUGGGUUCGGGUGUGUCUACAAGGGCAUCCUUUAUGAGGGAAAGCCAGUGGCGAUCAAACAGCUUAAGUCGGUCAGCGCAGAAGGAUAUAGAGAGUUCAAAGCUGAAGUAGAGAUCAUUAGCAGGGUGCAUCAUAGGCACUUGGUGUCUCUUGUUGGUUAUUGCAUCUCUGAACAACAUAGAUUCCUCAUCUAUGAGUUUGUCCCCAACAAUACUUUGGAUUACCAUUUACAUGGCAAAGACUUGCCAGUUCUAGAAUGGAGUAGAAGAGUCAGGAUUGCAAUAGGCGCAGCCAAAGGACUUGCUUAUCUACAUGAAGAUUGUCACCCGAAGAUUAUCCAUAGGGACAUCAAAUCGUCAAACAUUCUGUUGGAUGAUGAAUUCGAAGCUCAGGUCGCAGACUUCGGACUUGCCAGACUGAACGAUACUGCACAGUCCCACAUAUCAACGCGUGUCAUGGGCACAUUUGGGUAUUUAGCUCCAGAAUAUGCUUCAAGUGGAAAACUANAGGCGAAAUAUCAAUGCCCAUGCCCGCUCCGCAUAUCUUUACGGACUAACGGGCAUGCCCGCGGGCAUCUCUUCUUCUCAAGAACAUCACCGCUGGUGUCAAAACAAUACGGAGCAGAGAGGUUUUGGUUGGCACGUCCGCGAUUAAUCGAGGCCAUUGAAAAAGGUGACAUCAGCGAAGUAGUGGAUCCACGGCUGGAGAUGCAUUACAUUGAAGGUGAAGUCUAUAGAAUGAUUGAAACGGCAGCGUCUUGCGUCAGGCAUUCAGCUCUAAAACGACCUCGUAUGGUUCAGGUUGUAAGAGCUCUGGACACGCGAGAAGACUUGUCGGAUCUGACAAACGGAGUUAAAGUCGGUCAAAGUACGGUCUACAACUCGGGUCAAUACAGUAAUGAGAUUCGAAUUUUCAGACGAGCCUCUGAGGAUUCCUCGGAUCUCGGUAAUACUAACUCUGGCUACUACCCAAGCCAAGACUACACGACUAGCCAUGAAUCUGAGAGCCGAGCCUUCAACACAACUCACCGGAACCGCUGA